UUCCUCCUCCUCCUCCUCCUCAGGAGCCCGGCUGCCCUUUGCCUCCUUCUCCCCCUCCUCCCCCCGAGGAGGACCCCUUCCGUCCCCUGCCUCCUGCUUCCCUCUCAGCCGCGGCGCCUCCAUGGAGCAGCCCUCCUCCUUGGCCGAGGGGAGCAGCCCGGAGCCCGGCCGGGCCAAGCGGCUGAGUGUCGGCGAGCUCCGCUCCUUCUUCGAGGCUCGCUGCGCCUCCUCGGCCGGGGGCCCCCCGGAGCCGGCCAAGAAGGAGGCCGCCCGGCCCCGGAACGGGGUGCUCCCGCCGGUCAUCCCGCAGCUGACCAUCACCCCCGAGGAGGAGGAGGAGGAGGGGGCCGGGGGAGAGGCGCGGAGGAGCCCGGGCGCAGCGCCCGAAGGCGGCGGGUGGCUGUCGACGGAGGGCUCGCUGCAGCUGCUGCAGUCCUGCUCCUCGCGGCGUCUCUCCACGUCCUCGCUGUCCUCCACGGGCUCCUCCUCGCUCUUCGAGGACUCCGAGGACGACCUGCUCAGCGACACCGAGGGCAGGAGCCAAGGCAUCGUCCACCUGGAGCACGGCGAGGAGGAGAGCCACCAGAAAAAAGCAUGGCAGACCAUAAAAACAAUUGUCAAUUUGCCAAUCAUCAGUCCUUUCAAGAAGCGCUACUCCUGGGUUCAACUGGCUGGUCACACAGGGAGUUUCAAGGCAGCUGAUGGUGGGACAAUUCUCAAGCGCUACUCAGAGAAUGAGGAGAAAUGUUUUGAGCUGCUAAUGAAAGAUCCACUGCGUUCUUGUGUUCCUGUCUUCCAUGGUGUGGUGGAAAGAGAUGGCGAGUCUUAUAUCCAGCUGGAUGACCUUCUAGCUAACUUUGAAGGGCCUUGUGUAAUGGACUGUAAGAUGGGAAUCAGGACAUACUUGGAGGAGGAAUUGACGAAGGCACGAGAAAAACCGAAGCUACGUAAGGACAUGUAUAAGAAGAUGAUUGAUGUGGACCCUCUGGCACCCACUGCUGAGGAGAACGCACAGCAUGCAGUGACCAAACCACGGUACAUGCAGUGGAGGGAGACUAUCAGCUCAAGUGCUAACCUGGGUUUCAGGAUUGAGGGGAUUAAGAAGGCUGAUGGAACUUGUAAUACCAACUUCAAGACAACCAAGACAUGGGAGCAAGUUUUCCAAGUUUUUAUGGAAUUCAUUAAAGGAAAUACAGCUAUAUUGAAAAAAUAUUUGAGACGUCUGUGUGAAAUUCGUGGUAUCCUUGAGUCUUCUGACUUCUUUAAACGGCAUGAGGUAAUUGGAAGUUCACUGCUAUUUGUGCAUGAUGAUAGUGGGCAUGCCAACAUAUGGCUCAUUGAUUUUGGAAAAACUACCCUUCUCUCAGAUGGCCAGACUCUUGAUCACAGGAUUACAUGGGAAGAAGGAAACCGGGAGGAUGGAUACUUAUUUGGACUGGACAAUUUGAUUGAUAUCUUAGCAAGUAUCCUGGAGAGAUGAGAAGAACUUGUUCAAGUUGUGACGGGACUGAUUCUUACAUUUUAAUUUCUUUUCACAAUCAAUCCCUCUGUUAGAGGUAAAGCCUUUUAAAACUUACCAUACUCUGAGGACAUCAGGACCUAGGAGGCUCCUGCAGAAUGAGCUAGAAAUGCAGAGCCAUCUUGUAGUAAUCUGGAAUGCUACCAGCUGAAUUAAGAUUUAUGGAACAACAGAAUGAAUCUUGAAUAUUUAGAUAUUGGAUCAGGACCAAGUAAUUGGUUCAAUCAUGAUUCAAAUCAUUCUGGAUUGCAUUAUAGCAACUUGGAACAAAUGUUGCUUGCAGCACGUGGGAUGAAAAAGACUAGAGUUCUCCUCUGGAGGAGUUAUUUUAAAAAGUAUUAGACAGGCCUCUUUCCUAGUGCUUACACAUCAUAUGUAGGGAUAUUCAUUUUCCAGGCAUUCCCUUGGGACAUUGUAAAAUGUAUAGCGUUCAAGCUUUCAUUUAAAAUAAUACCAAUAAUAAUUUGUUUAUUACUACAACAGUGCAGCAAAAAAGCUUGAAAGUACACAAAAUGCUGCUGGAGCUUUAGAAACCAAAAGGCACUUUGGGCUUCUGUGUGUGUGGGGGGGUAUGCCUUCCAGUUGCCUGUUGACUUAUGGUGACCUCAUAAAUUUCAUGGGGUUUUCUUAGGCAAGAAAUACUCAAGAACUGGUUUUGCCAGUUCUUUCCUCUAAAAUACUAGUCUAUAGCACCUGGUAUUCAUUUGUGGUCUCCCAUCCAAGUACUAAUUAGGGCUGACUCCACUUAACUUCCAAAAUCAGACCGGAUCUAGUGCAUUUGGGUUUCUAGUAGUGGAUUAAUGGCUUUUAUGCACUGUACAAUUAAAGGGCACUUACAUCCUUGUCCUCUUCUUGCUUCCCUAUCCUUCCCAGUAUUUCCUUCUCUCCCAACCUGUUGUGUCUCCCUUUUCCUCCCUUGCAUAGUUUUUUUAUUACUUCAGUCCUUGCAAAAACAUUGUGCAGCUUGCCUUUUGCAGAAACAAUCCCUGUUCAAAAAUGUGUUAUGCAAAUCUAGCCUGUAGUCUUGCCCACAAACCAGGACUGCAGUCUAAAGAAAAUCAUGCAAAAGGUGUGGCUUUUUAUUAUGAGCUCAGAUUUGGUUUGAGUGUCCAUCCCCUUUGCAAUAUAGCAACCUGGGUAAUUCUAUACUAUUGGUUGACAUACCAUACGAAUGCUAAAAACAGGAAAAUUAGGCCUGUAUCUGAUUUUGCAUCCUCUUCUGUGACUCUUGUUAUAUCUGGUCAGACAUUUUAAUUGCAUUAUGCAAGAAACACAGCACAUUCCAAGGAGGAAGCACCAGUGUGCUUUGAAAGUGGCCUACAACAAUUUUAGAGAUGUUUGUGCUGGCCCAGAAAUAACUUCUUGCUAGCUGGCAUUGCAUAUGAAUGUCUGAACAACUGACAAAUAAUAUCUUACUAGCUGUAUUGAAUAAACGAAGGCAGUACUGAUGCAUGUAGUUGACACUGAAAUGUUUCAUACCCUAGGAAUCAAAACCCCAGUCUUGUUGCUUGGUGGUAAGAUUGCGCUACGUCUGAUUCAUUCCAGACUUGCCACUUCUACAUGAGUAUAUCAGCAGAUAAAAAAGGAAUAGUUAUGUUCGUAGAGACAGACAUUGGGGAUAUUAAGAUCCAUUUAGUGUAUGUUGAAUGUGAUAUUACUACGGCAAUCAGUUAUUUUAGCAGCAACAAACCAGUUGUGAAAGUGACAGAAAAUAUUGUAACUUUCAUUGUUUUCUUCUAUGAUGUAGAAAGACUUUAAGUCACAUUAAGCAAAAAGCAUCAUGGAUUGAUUUUUCAGUACACAUUUUCUUGUGUGUAGUACCCUAGCCAUAAAGUUUGAAUAAUUAUGUGAAUAAUGAAACAUUUGCACUAUUAAUGACCAUAUGUGAACACCUGAAGUUCUUAAUGGUCUCCAUGGCAAAGCUGCAUUAGAGGGAGAGAGCAGCCAUUAUGAUGAACUCCAUGGCUCUUUGGCCGCAUCUCAUGCUGAUUCUGCUUUAGUGACCUGGGUAGUUUUGCAUUAUCUUGCCAGUGCUGCAGGACUUCGAGAUCCCUAUCAUAUAUCAUUCUUUUAGCAUGCAUCUUUUUAAUUGUUUAAAUGCAGGUGAUUAAAAUAAAAACAUUUUCUCACCUCACCCCCAUUCCUGUAUUAGACUAGGGUAGAUAUUGUGUGGCCAUUCAGGUGCUGAGGAACUGAAAUAGCUAGCAUUCCUCACCAUUGGUCAUGCUUGCUAGGAUUGAUGGGAAUUGUAGUCCAACAUCUGGAGGGCCAUAUGAUUCCCGUACCUCUCAUUAGAUCUCAUUAGAUCAUUGGCAUCAGAGAAUCAUAGAAUAGGAAGUGUCCUUAGAAUAGGAAGAGUCUGCAAAGGCCAUCCAGUCCAAAACCUAAAUACACAAUUACAGUACUCCUGAAAGAUGCCCACCUAACCUCUAUUUAAAGAUCUCCAAAAAGGGAGAAUCCACAGCCCUCCAAGGUAGUCUACUCAACUGUCAAACAGUUCUUAGAAGAUGAAAUCUAGGUGUAUCUCUUUUUAUGAUUUGAAUCUACUGGCUGGUGUUCUAGUCUCUGGCGCAGCAAAACAAAACAAAACCUUCUUCUUCUACAUGAUAUCCUUUCAUGUUUUUAAAAGUGGUAUAUCAUGUCACCUCUCAAUUCUCUUCUUUAAGUUGUUCCUUAUUAAGUUGUUCAGAAUUGGCCAUCCUGUAUAGUGCCAUUUGUUUAGUUCAGUUAUAGCAGAGUUUGUCACAAAACUAAUUUCAGCAGUUGCAGCAACAACUGUCUUUGUUGCUGCCUCUGCAUAGGCUGCAGAAGAGUUGGCUGAGACUGGGCAGAGGGCUAUGACUCUCCCCUGGUUUGAUGCUCAGAUGGAAAGAUGUGUCAUUUCCUGAUGCCAGACUUUAGGAGGCUGCAACACACAGUUGAAAGAGACUGCUUGAACAAGGACUUAACUAUGUGUUGACUCUCUCAUCAGCCAUUGUUUCAGUUGGUCGACUUUAGUUGGGACAAAUAAAUAGGAUUCAUGCUUAAAGGGCAGUAUAAUAGAACUAUAAAGAACCUUACAUAGCUAUGAUGGGUUUGUAACCACAUGUACUACAUGGAGAUUAUGUGGCCCUCUGGUUCUUGUGGAAACUGCAACUCCUGUAGUCCCUUACCAUUUGGUAUGUCGGGGUAGCACUGAUGGGAGAUGCAUCCACCAAUGACUGCAGGGUCUCAUUCCCCAUUUCUGCUCUAAAGCAUGGCUAAGCUACCUAGCAUCCUGAACGUUUUGAACUACAAUUCUCACAAUCCAUAGGUAUGCUGGCUGGGGUGUGAGUUGUAGUCCAAAACUUUGGAAGAGUACUGGGCUGCCUCCUCCUAUCCUAGAGGAUAUAAAAUUGUGGAAUUUUAGUCCAUAAAUAGUGGGUACACUUUUUAUCUUUAGGGACAAAAAUAUGAAAAGCCUGAUCUUUGUUUAAUUCCAUGAAUUACAUUUCAGUGACGGAGAAUCAUGCUUGAAAUGGUUGAGUUGACUUUGGCUACAACUCUACUUUUGUUACUACAAAUCAGAUGAAAAGCCUUGUCUCACUUGUAGAGGAUAUUGCUCUGAACACUACACUGAAAAUAAUAUACUAUUUCUUGCAUCCUAACUGUAUUGGUUAAGAAGUUUGGUAGUUCCAAUUGAAUAAAAAUUUCACUGAAA